CACAUAGAAAAAUUAUGGUUAAUUAAAUAUAUAAUUAACAAAGAAACACAUAGAAAAAUUAAAGAUGGCAGAAACUAAUAAUGAAGUUGUUCCCAAUGUUAAUGGUGGAAAUGAUCGAUAUAGUUACAGCAAAAACUCAAGCUUUCAGAGAAAUGCUAUACAAUCUGCCAAAGAAUUGAUUAACAAAGCAAUAAUUGAGAAAUUUGAUUUGAAAAUCCUUGGAUCUUCAAAUACUUUUCGGGUGGCGGAUUUGGGUUGCGCUACUGGACCUAAUACAUUUAUUGCGAUGCAAAAUAUUAUUGACGCUAUUGAGCUCAAGUGUCAAAAUCAAGGAGUAGAAGAAUCCUCUCAACUUGUCGAAUUUCAAGUAUUUUUUAAUGAUCAUGUCUUGAAUGAUUUCAAUGAGCUUUUCAAAUCCCUUCCCCCCGAAAGGCGGUAUUUCGCUGCAGGAGUGCCCGGCUCUUUCCACGGCCGAGUAUUUCCUCGCGAGUCUCUUCAUUUCGUGCACUCUUCGUAUGCUGCGGUCCAAAUUCUUUCUAGUGUCCCGAAAGAGGUUAUGGACAAGGAUUCUAGGGUUUGGAACAAAGGUAGAAUAAAUUAUUCCCAUUCUUCUGAUGAAGUUGUGAAGUGUUUUGAAGCUCAACAUGUUAAAGAUAUGGAGAAUUUUCUCAAUGCUAGAGCUGAAGAAGUUGUCCUUGGAGGAUUAAUGGCCUUCAUCUUCCCAGCUCGGCCCGACGAAACCCUUCAUUCGGAAUCUUUUGUGAACAAGACUACUACACUUUUGGGGUCUUGCCUCUUGGACAUGGCAAACAAGGGAAAAAUCAGUCACGAAAAACUUGAUGCAUUAAACAUUCCAGUAUAUUUUACAUCUCCACAAGAAUUCGAAAAAGUGGUGAAACAAAAUGGACGUUUUAGCAUAGAGAUAAUGGAAAGCCAAGACCAAGAAAAACCUCAACCCAAUGUGUUAUCCUCCACAAUAAGAGGAGGCAUGGGAGGAAUGUUUAAGAAACAUUUCGGUGUUGAAGAAGAACUUUUAGACGAAGUCUUUGAUUUGUUUCAGAAGAAACUUGAAGAACAAUCGUCCUUAAUCUAUGACUCAGGAUACGCAAUUAAUCUGUUUGUUUUGCUUAAACGCGUAAUAUAAUUUAUACUUUCAACAUUAAUAAAGUAGUAGAAUAAGGUGAUGAUACCAUAAAUAAUGCUUCAUUAAUUUGUAAUGUGUUUUAGAUUUUUGUGGAAUAAGAAUAUCUAAAUAACAAAAUUACAUGAUUAACAAUAUCAUGUAUGUAAUGCUAGUCUUUAAUAUUUCACACUCAAGAAUCUUUCAAAUAUAAAU